ACGAAGAGUGUAACGACUUAUGGAAAUGUUCCCACCCACGAAAAACUAUUUAAGCACCAUCUGGCGUCUACUCCUACUUACAGGCAGACAAAGCGGAGAUAUCUUCCAUUCGUCAUUAGAUGAAAGAAUCAAGCACUGUAGCCAUGAGAUCGGUUGUUUUGUUUUUCACCUGCAUUCAGGUGAUCUCAAUGACCCUGGGUUUGUCUUCUGACCCCAGAAUAAGUCAACACUUUGACUACGAGACCUACACGGCCAAGAGACUCCGCCAGCUUGCACACCAGAUCCUUCCCACAGGAAACAUUUUGCAGCUGGCCACCUCUCUUGGAGAGACAGAGCUGGUGACGUACUUGAAUAAAACUGGGCUGGCGACGUCUGUUAGUGAAAUCACCCCCCUCACGCUCUUCGGACCCAGCAACGCAGCCUUAGCCGCAGUGUCACCGGCCGUGCGCACCCAGCUGGACCACAACCCGGCGGCGGCCUUCGCCAUCUUCUCUUACCACAUCGCAGAUGACGAGGUCUUGUCGUCAGACUUCGUCAACGAGCAGCUUCUCAAAACAAAGCUCGGCCUCGACAUCCGUAUCAACGUCUACCCGUUAACUAACGCAACAACCGCGUCUGGAAGACCAAUACAGGUGGUGGACAACGUGGCUACAAAUGGCGUCCUGCAUGAGUUAUCAGCCCUGAUGCUACCACCAGGUGGCACUAUAUCCCAGGUACUGGCGGAAGUUCCAGACUUGAGUAUCCUGCUUAGUGCUAUCAAAGCUGCAGGAAUGUCAGAUAUGCUUUCAGCCUUUGAACCGUACACGCUGUUCGCGCCAACCAAUCAAGCGUUCCAGGCACUACCUGCAGGCGAGUGGAGCCAACUUUUGAGGAACACUACACGUCUUCAAGAGGUCCUUGGCUACCACGUUGCCAGGGGAACCACAUACAGUGCCGGAAUAGGGCCGCAGAUGACGAUUCCUGUGCUAAGUGGUUCUCUUGCUGUCGUCAAGGAAGGCUCCAUGGUGACUGUGAACAACACUGCCAGAGUUACCUUCUCAGAUCUGAGUGCCACCAACGGGGUCGUCCACCUCAUCGACUCUGUGUUGUUUCUCACCGGGUAGCUGCGCGCUUGUGUACAACAACAGCAUACAGCUCUUAACACUGACUUCAGAAAGGUGUCAAACAACGGAAUGACGGAAGAACGGAAAUAAAAAAGCAAACGCAGUUCACUAUAAAACUGAAAAAAAUCAUGUUAUAAUUUUACACUCAUCAUGUUAACCAUAAAUUACGCCAACCCUGUGUAUAUUAAACCACGUACAUCAA